GAUGUAGUUAAGGAAAUCGUUAGAGGUCUUGAUUUUAAAAUAGAGCAGGAUUUUAAUAAAGUAUGUCGUGCUAUAGAGGAAGCGAUCUAUUCACCAGGUACUGAUUUAACGGGAACUGAGAAGGGUAAAACUGUUAUGGAUAAAGGAACACAUAUUGUGUUUCCGCUCGAAUGGACCACGAGUAGCAAAAGAAGUGAAAAUGGAAGAUUUACAAAUCCACCUAACAGAAAUGCAGAUCUAAGAGAAGAAGAAAUACAACAAUACUUUAUUAACGAAUGCAAGGAACUAGAAAAAUCUCCAAAUAUAAAAAACAAGCUUAUUGUUGUGGAUGAGCAUUCUUCACCAUCACUAGGAACUCAAAAACCAGAUUUCCUAUUUAUUUCAAAAGAUUCACAUUUAAAUAUGUUAAAUGUUGUUGCCGUUGAUGAGAUAAAAAAAUGA